AUGUCUGUGCUGAACCCUGUCCUGCAGCCCACGGAGGUGAAGGAGUACCUGUGCAAGGGCGACCGCUUCAUCAAAUGGGAUGAUGAAACAUCAAAUGCUUCUCCUGUGAUUCUCCGAGUGGAUCCCCAGGGUUUUUACGUGUACUGGACCUACCAGAGCACGGAAAGAGAAAUUCUGGAUAUCACCAGCAUCCGAGACACCCGAACAGGGCGAUUUGCCAAAAUGCCCAAGUCCCUGAAGCUCCGAGAGGUUUUUAACUUGGAUCACCCUUACAGCACCUUCCUGCUGAAGAACCUGACAAUUGUAUCUGGCUCUGACAUGGUUGACCUCACUUUCCAUAACUUUGUGUCCUACAAGGAGAGUAUUUGCAAGGACUGGGCUGAGGAUAUAAUGGCCAUUGCCCGGAACCCCCUCACGUACAACGCUCCCCGCUACACCUUCCUAGAGAAAAUUCUGGUGAAGCUGAAGUUGCAACUGAAUGAAGAGGGAAAGAUUCCUGUCCGGAAUAUUUUUCAGAUGUUCCCUGCAGACAAGAAGAGGGUGGAAGAAGCAUUAAGUGCUUGUCAUCUGCCAAAUGGCAAGAAUGACGCCAUCAACCCCGAGGACUUCCCCGAGCCGGUGUACAAGACGUUCCUCAUGAAUCUGUGUCCACGGCCCGAGAUUGAUGAGAUAUUUACUUCACACCAUCUAAAAGCAAAGCCCUACAUGACCAAAGAUCACUUGGCAAAGUUCAUCAACAAGAAGCAGCGUGACACUCGCCUCAAUGACAUCCUCUUCCCGCCAGCCAAACCUGAUCAGGUGCAGAGCCUGAUAGAGAAGUAUGAACCCAGUGGGUUUAACAUCCAGAGAGGGCAGCUGUCUCCAGAGGGGAUGGUCUGGUUCCUCUGUGGACCUGAGAACAACCUGAUAGUGCUGGACAAGCUGAUGCUGUACCAGGACAUGACCCAGCCACUCUCGCACUACUACAUCAAUUCCUCACACAACACCUAUCUGACAGCCGGGCAGUUUUCUGGGACGUCCUCUCCCGAAAUGUACCGGCAGACGCUGCUGGCCGGCUGCCGCUGCGUGGAGCUGGACUGCUGGAAGGGCCGGCCCCCGGAGGAGGAGCCCAUCAUCACCCACGGCUUCACCAUGACAACUGAGAUCCUCUUCAAGGAUGCCAUCGAGGCCAUUGCAGAAAGUGCUUUUAAAACAUCUCCAUACCCUGUGAUCCUGUCCUUCGAGAACCACGUGGACUCGCCCAAGCAGCAGGCAAAGAUGGCCGAGUACUGCCGAACAAUUUUUGGAGACAUGCUGCUGACAGAGCCACUGGAGAAAUACCCGCUGAAGCCAGGAGUUCCUCUGCCAAGUCCUAAGGAUCUCUUAAGGAAAAUCUUGAUUAAAAACAAAAAGAACCAAUCAAUGUCUGGGAAGAGGCAGAACUCUUUGAAGAAAGGGAGGAACGUGGAACCAGAAACCACUGAACAGCCAGCCUCUGUGGAUGCUGAAGAUACUGUCUGGGCAGGUGAUGUUGCUGAAGAGGAGCCAGAGGAAGAGGAUGAACAGCUCAGAAAUCUGGAUGAAGAAGAAAUUAAAAAGAUGCAGUCAGAUGAGGGCACGGCUGGCCUGGAAGUGACAGCGUACGAGGAGAUGUCCAGCCUGGUUAAUUACAUACAGCCCAUCAAAUUCAACUCCUUCGAGGUCUCUGCCAAGAAGAACCGGAGUUACGUCAUCUCCUCCUUCACCGAGACCAAGGCUUGCGAUCUACUGAGCAAGUUCCCCAUGCAGUUUGUGGAAUACAACAAGUGGCAGAUGAGCCGCAUUUACCCCAAAGGCACCCGGAUGGACUCCUCCAAUUACCAACCCCAGAUGUUCUGGAAUGUCGGCUGUCAGAUGGUGGCACUCAACUUCCAGACCAUGGAUGUCCCCAUGCAGCAGAACAUGGCCCUGUUUGAGUUCAACGGGCAGUGUGGGUACCUGCUCAAGCACGAGUUCAUGCGGCGCCCCGACAAGCAGCUCGACCCCUUCUCCGUGGACCGCAUCGACGGGCUGGUGGCCACUACUGUCUGUGUCACGGUACUCUCUGGUCAGUUCCUCUCAGACCGCAGCGUGAAGACCUACGUGGAAGUGGAGCUCCUUGGGCUGCCAAGGGAUGCCAAACGCAAACACAGAACCAAACUGACCUCCACAGCCAACUCCAUUAACCCUGUGUGGAAAGAGGAGGCUUUUGUUUUUGAAAAGAUCAUGAUGCCUGAGUUGGCAUCUCUCAAAAUGGUGGCUUGGGAGGAAGGAGGGAAGUUCAUUGGCCAGCGUAUCAUUCCCAUCAUCGCAAUGCACCCAGGCUACCACCACGUGUGCCUGCGCAGCGAGAGCAACAUGCCGCUCACCAUGCCCGCCCUCUUCGUGUUCCUGGAGAUCAAGGACUACGUGCCAGAUGCUUGGGCAGAUCUCACUAUUGCCCUCUCCAACCCUAUCAAGUUCUUCAACCUGCAGGACAAGCGCUUGGUGAAGCACAAGGAUACCUCAGGGGAGAGGCCUGGCACACAGACAAACCCCUCACCUGCUGAGACUAAUGGGGUGGCAGGGUCCACUGGGAAGCCCAGCAUUCCUCCCUCUAACGGGUCCACAGAGCCUGAGACAAUCACCCUUGCUGAGCUGCAGCAGAAGAAACGCUUCCUGAAGCUGCUGAAGAGGCAGGAGAAGGAGCUGAGGGAGCUGGAGUGGAAGGGAAGCAAACAGAGGGAGGAGCUGCUGCAGAAAUACUCCGGGCUCUUUUCGGAGCUGGCCUGCCCUGGGGGCAAGAAAAGGACAAUACGAACAAGGAAAACACAGAAGAAGAGGAGUGUGACCCCCAGCGAUGCUGGUACCAGUGCACAUCCUGUAAAAGCAGCAGACAGCAUCGAUUGCCACUGGCUCGUGGAGCUGAGGGAGAGGCUGGAGACGGACCUCAUCCACCUUGGGGAGGAGCACCACAACCGGAUCCGAAGGAAGAAAGAGCAGCACGCUACCGAGCAAGUUACCAGGAUCCUGGAGCUGGCCAGGGAGAAGCAGGCAGCUGAGCUGCGGGUGCUGAGGGACACGUCGGAAAGCAACAUUAAAGACAUUAAGAAGCGGAUGGAGGCAAAGAGAGUGGAGCGGGUGCAGGCCAUGCUGAGGAAUACCAGUGACAAGGCUGCUCAGGAGAGGUUGAAGAAAGAAAUUAACAAUUCCCACAUUCAGGAAGUGGUGCAGACAGUGAAACGGGUGACAGAGAGGACUGGCAGGUUCCAGCAGAAACUGGAGGAGAAGCAGGCAGCAAAUCUUCAGUCCAUCAAGGAGAGAGAAAGCCAGCUCCAGCAGCAGGUACGGGUGGAAUAUGAGGAGAAGUUGAGAGCUCUGAACAUGGAGGUUCAGGAGAUGGUGAGGAACUACACCAAAGCCAGCUUUCCUGGAGAACCACAGACUGGGAAGGAAGCAGGUCAGACCAUUUCUGAGGGAGAACAAGGCUCUACAGACCAACUGGAAGGAAAUAUCCCAGUGGCAGAGGUGUCCAGGCUUACACUGGCAGUGACUCAGCCCUUGGGAGCUGGAAUGGAUGUGGAGAUAGAAGAGAGCAUAUUCUGAGAUGAGGCCCUUCCUUACUGUUCAUUGCAAGAAGGUGUAUGGUGAAGUAACAACCAGCUUCACAAACUACUGCCAUCCCUUUCCAUUCUGGGGAGCUCCUGAAAUCCUUCUGGAAUGUACUACAUUACCCCAGAUAUCUGGAAGCAGUCUGGAGAGUUCACCCUUCAGAGUACUUCACUCUCUGUCUUCCCAGUCUGAGCUCUGAGGUAUUUUAGCAGUGGGAAAGGGCCUGUGCCUGCAGACCAACUCCCUGUUGGCAUCACAGCAGCAGCUACAGGAAUAUUUACUUUGCAUUCAGAUCAGUUUUUAGAGUCAGUUCCCUCAUCAUUCCUCACAUGCAUCUCUUCACAUCAGUCCAACUCCUCCUAACAUCUUCCACACGGUUCAAAGAAACAGCAAUAAACAAAGCUAAACACUGAUACAAAGACACCACGGGUGGGGAUAGGGGUGGGAAGUGUGCUCAACCACAGCAAACCACACCAUGCUGUGUGUCCUACAGGAAAACAGUUACACCUGAAGCUGCAUUAAUAAACAAUUACAAAUGCUGCUAUAAAAACCAAACCCCAGGUCAAGCAGGUAACAAACAGCAUGUUCCAAGUCUAGUCUGAACACCCAACAAGAGUCCACAUCUCCCCUGUGGUGUCACCAGAGUACUGGAAUUACAGACUGUACAUUUCUGAGCUAUUUAUUGUCUAAAAAAAAAUAAAACCUAGCAGUUCUUAAA